AUGCCGCCAAAGACGCAAAAGAAAAAGAAGUCUCUCUCGCACGCGCAAAAGAUGCUUCAAGCACAAAAAGCGAGACCUGGAGAGGGAGAAUUAACGACGACGACUACGAUGCGAGCGACGCAAUUGUCCGCUUUACAAGGGAUGGCGACGACUGUGUUUACCGUGGACGCGCUGGAUUUAAAAUCCACGAAAGUGCCUUCAAGAGGAGGAGGAGGAGACAAGAAAACGAGAGGCAUUGGCAGUCGCAACGCGCAUAAGAAAGGCGUACAAACGACGUUCGCGAAAGAAGCGGAUUACGACGUGGAGAGACGCGUGAAAGACGCGCGAAGGCCAAUCGGGACAGCGCCGAAAGCGUACGAAGAGUUAGACGUCGUCGUCGCAAAGACGAAGAGCGCGACGACGAUAUCCGAUGGUGCGAUUAUUGUAGAACACCAAAGCGUGGAGGCGAUUGAUUUCAUGCCGCGGCGACCGAAAUGGUCGCGAAAGGGCGACGCGAAAGAGACGAGUAAAAACCGCUUGCGAUUGAGAGAGCGAAAGGCGUUCGCGAAGUGGGCGAGACGGGUGAAAGAAAAGAUGGUGGCGAAAGGCGGGUAUCCGCCGGCGUUUGAGCAGAACUUGGAAGUUUGGAGACAGUUGUGGCGAGCUAUGGAACGAGCGGACGUGAUUUGUUGCGUUUUAGACGCGAGAAAUCCUAUGUUGCAUUUUCCGGCGGCGAUGUACGCGCAUGCGACGAGGGUUCAUAAGAAACCGUUGAUUUGCGCGUUGAAUAAGAUCGAUCGAGUGCCGCGGGAAGCCGCGGAGAAGUGGAGGAAGUGUUUAUUGGAAGGAUUGCCUGGAUUGGACGAGGUUAUAGGGUUCAUCGCGGUCGAACAGGACGAAGACGGGAUGAGAGAAGAAGAGGAAGGAGAGGAAGAAGAGGAGGAAGAAUUAGACGAAGAGGAACUCGCGAAGAGGGUGUACGAGCCGACGCGAGAAAUGACUGUCGGUAAAUCGGCGUUAAUUUCAGCGGUGAAAAGAGUCGCGAAGUACGGGAAGCGGUGGAAACACGUCGUCGAAGAUGAUCCGCACGAGGACGUGGACUCGCGUCUGCAUCGAACGAAGACGAAAAAUUACGCCUUUUUCGAAGACGAGUUUGAGAACAUUCACGGCGAAGACGACGAGGGAGAUGACGCGCCUAAAGACGAGUGCGUCGUUGCGCUCGUCGGACAUCCAAACGUUGGCAAAUCUUCCAUGAUUAACACUUUGCUCGGUCGUAAAGCAGUCUCAGUGAAAGCGACGCCUGGGCACACGAAAACGUUGCAGACGUUAAGGUUUGCCAAAGGCGUGUGGUUGUGCGAUUCGCCUGGAUUAGUCUUUCCUCGAGUCGACGCGAGCUUACCGGAACAAAUCGUCGGUGGUAUUGUUCCGUUACCGAUUGUACGAGAACCUUACUCAUCGUUACGUUGGCUCGCCGAAAUGCGAGAUGCGUGCAAAGAUCGAUGGAAAGCGUACGCGGACAGCAAGACGUCCAACGAGAAAGAUCGUCGUUUAGCCGAAGAACUAUCCAAGACGCUCCCGGAAACGUUGAAAAUUUCAGCGUUGCCUACAGAUUUGUACGACAGCGAAGUUUUAGAAUUACGAGACGCUUCGGACGUUCUCGAAGGGUUUCUUCCUUGGUCACCGUUGUCUUUAGCUCGCGAAACGGCGUUGAAACGAAAGCUCCUCGUCUCCGGCGGACGACCGGACGACCGCGCGGGAGGCGUGAUUGCGUUGAAACGAGUUUUGGACGGUAAAUCACCGUACGCCGUUCCUCCACCAAUAGAUAUCGUCGCGAUUAAAGCGAGGCGAGAUUCGGCUCACGCACCGUUCGCGGACGAGGACGUGAACAUCGAGAACGAAGAAGGCUUCGAAGAAGAAUUGGAAGAGAUGAACAGAAAUGAUAACGGACUUAUUCUCGCAGAAGAUGGGGGUGGUGGUGGUGCUCACGAUGCGCUCGAUUUAAUCGAUUACUUCGACGACGAGGAUCCGUGCUUUGAUCCAGCUCCAAAGAAAGUGGAUAUCAAAAGCAACGACGACGACAGCGACGAGAGCGAAGGAGACGAGCGGAAUAGUAGAAAAGCGGGGCCUUCGAACGCAUUCGCGGCGCUUUCAUUGGAAGAAGACGAUUAA